CUCUCCUCCAUCGGCACCACCCUGUCCUACGCACUGUAUCCUGUCUUGCUCCUAUUGAGAGGAAUAUGGUACAUUCUAGCGUCUCUAUCCGCGCCUUUUAUAUACAUAGGGCUCAUCAUUGCCAAUGCCUCGCUGAUUCCAUGGCGCAUCUUCGCCUCUUUCGAGCCGCUCUGGUAUUUUCUCGGUAGCGCAGUCCUGCUGGGACUACUACUCGCGCUUGCCUUGCAUUUCACCAUACGCGCCUUCGUUGUUGUAUUUCGCCUUGAUCACAACGCUCCGCAACCAAUUCCAGCCAAAGGGCACGACGCCGUAUCGUACAGAAAGGCAAGAGAGGCAAAGAAAAAGAAACAACUGGAGGAACAACAAAGACUAGCUGCCCAGGCCAGAUUGAUCGCUUCGCAACCACUCCUGCAAGAAGCGGUUCGGGAAGCCAGAAAGAUGCCUUUAUCAGUCGCUGCGACUGCGGGUUCGCUGAGCCCCUUGAGCCCAUGCAAUACGACACCGAGUAGGCCAGGCCUUUUGCAAGAGACGAUUCUGGAACACAGCGACGAGGACGACGAUGACUCGGUUUUUUGA